GGAAGUGCUUAUGGUGGUGCUGAGAGUAGCGGGCAGGUCUGGCUGUGAUGCCGCUGGAUGAUGGCUGCCUUUGGAAUACUCAGCUACGAACACCGGCCACUAAAGCGGCCCCGGCUCGGGCCUCCGGAUGUUUAUCCGCAAGACCCCAAACAGAAAGAGGAUGAACUGACUGCGUUGAAUGUCAAGCAAGGAUUCAACAACCAGCCAGCAGUGUCCGGCGAUGAACACGGCAGUGCCAAAAAUGUCAACUUCAACCGAAACAAUAUCAGUUCCAACUUCAGCAGCAUCAUUGCCGCAAAGCUGCGCUACAACACCUUUGCGGAUACGGGGAAGCGUAAACCGCAAGUCAACCAGAAGGAUAAUUUCUGGCUUGUCACGGCGAGGUCGCAGAGCUCUGUCAAUAACUGGUUCACAGAUUUAGCAGGGACUAAACCUCUCACGCAGCUGGCAAAGAAGGUGCCAAUUUUUAGCAAGAAGGAGGAGGUUUUUGGAUACUUGGCAAAGUACUUGGUCCCUGUAAUGCGCUCAGCGUGGAUGAUCAAGAUGACUUGUGCUUACCAUGCGGCCAUCACAGAAACUAAAGUCAAGAAGAGACACGUGAUUGAUCCCUGUAUAGAAUGGACCCAGAUCAUAACUAAGUACUUGUGGGAGCAGCUUCAGAAGGUGGCCGAGUUCUACAGGCAGUUCCCGAACCAAGGCUGCAGCUCGCCGAUCCCAGCCACUCCCGCCGACGUGGAAACGGCCACAAAGCAGUGGGAGUACAACGAGAAACUGGCCAUGUUCAUGUUUCAGGAUGGAAUGUUGGACAGACACGAGUUCCUGACGUGGGUGCUGGAGUGUUUUGAGAAGGUCCGACCCGGCGAAGACGAGCUGCUGAGACUCCUCCUGCCACUUUUACUGCAGUACUCGGGGGAAUUUGUGCAGUCGGCCUACUUGUCACGCAGGCUGGCUUACUUCUGCACGCGCCGCCUCAACCUGUUGCUAAGCGACGGCAGCCUGGGCCCCGGCGCGGGUGGAGGGCACCCGGCGCACGGCAUCUUGACGCCGCAAGGAAACACUCUGCCCCCGACUCCGACUUCCCAGCCGGCCGGAGGCAGUCAGCCCCAGACACCAUUCACAGACUUCUACAUCUGUCCCCAGCAUCGCCCUCUGGUGUUCGGCCUCAGCUGCAUGUUGCAGAGCAUAGUGUUGUGUUGCCCGAGUGCUCUGGUGUGGCAUUACUCUCUAACGGACAGCAGAAACAAGACUGGUUCCCCUCUGGACCUUCUGCCCAUUGCACCCUCCAGCUUACCGAUGCCUGGGGGGAACACCGCCUUCACACAGCAGGUCCGUGUAAAGCUGAGAGAGAUCGAGGAGCAAGUUAAGGAGCGAGGCCAGGCUGUGGAGUUUCGCUGGUCGUUUGACAAGUGCCAGGAGACCACCGCAGGCUUCACCAUUGGGAGGGUUCUGCACACCCUAGAGGUUCUGGACAACCACAGCUUUGAGAAGUCAGACUUUAACAACUCACUGGACUCCUUAUACAACCGGAUAUUUGGCUCAGGCCAGAGCAAGGAUGGCCACGAGUGUGCUUCCACCCAGAUGUCUCCCGAUGACGACGCUGUGGUCACCCUGCUUUGUGAAUGGGCCGUGUGCUGUAAGCGGUCGGGCCGACACAGGGCCAUGGUGGUGGCCAAGCUGCUGGAGAAGCGACAGGCCGAGAUUGAAGCGGAGCGAUGUGGCGAGUCGGAAGUGGUGGACGAGAAGGGCUCUGUUUCGUCUGGCUCCCUUUCCACCGCCACACUUCCAGUUUUUCAGGAUGUUCUGCUGCAGUUCUUGGAUACUCAGGCCCCCACACUGACGGAGCCGGGAAAUGAGAACGAGAGAGUGGAGUUCUCCAACCUUGUCCUGCUCUUUUGCGAGCUCAUCCGCCAUGACGUCUUCUCCCACAACAUCUACAUGUGCACGCUUAUCUCCCGUGGCGACCUGGCCUCCGACUCCCACCUGCCACGUCCCCGUUCCCCCGGCGACGAGCCCUCAGAUGAGUCUGAUCGCAAGGACCAGGAUGCAGGCAACAGUGUCAAGAUGGAGGAUACCGGCCUGUCGGAGUCAAUGGAAAUUGAUCACAACUCCAGUGCUAAUUUUGAUGAGAUGUUCUCUCCUCCGAUGCACUGCGAGUCCAAGGGCAGCCCCUCCCCGGAGAAGUCCGUACCCGAGCAGGACAGCAAGAGCACCUGCAAGGACAAGAGCAUGGACCCCGCCUUUCCGCAGCUGUAUGAGCAGCCCCGGCACAUUCAGUACGCCACCCACUUCCCCAUUCCUCAGGAGGAGAAUGCCAGUCACGAGUGCAACCAGCGUUUAGUAGUCCUCUACGGCGUGGGCAAACUAAGGGACGAGGCGCGACACACCAUCAAAAAGAUAACGAAAGAUAUAUUGAAGGUGCUGAAUCGCAAAAGCACUGCUGAAACGGGUGGCGAGGAGGGACAGAAGAGGAAGAGGAGUAAGCCCGAGGCCUUUCCUACCGCAGAAGAUAUUUUCUCUAAAUUUCAGCACCUCUCCCACUUUGACCAGCACCAGGUCACCUACCAGGUGUCCCGAAAUGUGCUGGAACAAAUCACCAGCUUUGCCUUAGGGAUGUCCUAUCACUUGCCGUUAGUGCAGCACAUUCAGUUCAUCUUUGAUCUCAUGGAGUACUCUCUCAACGUCAGUGGCCUCAUCGACUUUGCCAUUCAGCUUCUGAAUGAACUCAGCCUGGUGGAAGCCGAGCUGCUGCUCAAGUCGUCCAGCCUGGUGGGCAGCUACACUAACAGCCUUUGUCUGUGCAUCGUGGCUGUGCUGAGGAGGUACCACUCCUGCCUCAUUCUCAACCCCGAGCAGACGGCGCAGGUUUUUGACUGGCUGCGCAUCGUGGUCAAGUCAGGUGUGAACCCAGCAGACUGCUCUUCUGCGGAACGCUGCAUCUUGGCCUACUUGUAUGACCUCUACACCUCCUGCAGUCACCUCAAGAACAAGUUUGGCGAAAUCUUCAGUGAGUUCUGCUCUAAAGUGAAGAACUCCAUCUACUGCAACAUCGACCCCUCGGACUCCAACAUCCGCUGGGAUUCGGAGUUCAUGAUGGAGGCUAUUGCCAACCCCUUGGCACACAACUUCAACCACUCCAUGGUGGGCAAGAUCCUCAACGACAGCCAGGGAAACCGCUACAGCUUUGUGUGCAACGUACUCAUGGACCUGUGCGUGGACCACAGAGACCCUGAGAGGGUUAACGAUAUCGGCAUCCUAUGUGCCGAGCUGACUGCAUAUUGUAGCUCCCUAAGUGCGGAAUGGCUUGGCAUCCUCAAGGCACUCUGCUGCUCCUCCAACAAUGGCAACUGCGGCUUCAACGACCUCCUCUGUAACGUGGACGUUAGUGACUUGUCCUUCCAUGAUUCCCUGGCGACAUUCGUAGCCAUUCUCAUAGCGAGGCAAUGUCUUCUCCUGGAGGACCUGGUCCGCUGUGUGGCGAUUCCAUCGCUCCUCAAUGCAGCCUGCAGCGAGCAAGAUUCCGAGCCCGGAGCGAGGCUCACCUGCAGGAUUUUGUUGCACCUUUUCAAGACACCGCAACGCAACCCUGUCCCCCAAGACGGCAUGAAGUCAGAUAAAUCUUCAGUUGGUAUCCGGUCGUCGUGUGACCGCCAUCUACUGGCGGCCUCUCAGAACAGCAUAGUUGUGGGAGCCGUUUUUGCCGUCCUCAAAGCUGUCUUUAUGUUGGGUGAUGCCGAGCUGAGGGGUUCAGGACUGUCCGACCCCGCCGGCCUCGACGACAUAUCCGAGGGGCGCAAUGUCUCCAUAGAAACAGCCAGCUUGGACGUGUAUGCAAAGUAUGUCCUGAAGACCAUCUGCCAGCAGGAGUGGGUGGGAGAGCGCUGCCUCAAGUCUCUGUCUGAGGACAGCAGUGCCCUUCAGGACCCGGUGCUGGUAAACAUUCAGGCCCAGAGGCUCCUGCAGCUCAUUUGCUACCCUCACCGCCAGCUGGACAGCGAUGACGGAGACAACCCUCAGAGGCAGCGCAUCAAACGCAUCCUUCAGAAUAUGGACCAGUGGACGAUGAGACAGUCAUCUCUGGAGCUGCAGCUGAUGAUCAAGCAAAGCACAAACAAUGAGCUCUAUUCUCUUUUGGAAAACAUAGCCAAAGCCACGAUUGAAGUGUUUCAAAAAUCAGCCGAGGUGAACUCCAACAACCCCUCUGGGAAUGGCACGGCCCUCCAAGGCGGCUCUGCGGCCAACAGCAGCAGCGCCGCGAGCAAGAUGAAACCUAUUUUAAGUUCAUCGGAACGGUCGGGUGUAUGGCUGGUGGCGCCUUUGAUAGCCAAGCUGCCCACCUCGGUUCAGGGUCAUGUCCUGAAGGCAGCCGGAGAGGAGCUAGAGAAGGGACAGCACCUGGGCUCGUCUUCGCGCAAGGAGAGAGAUCGCCAGAAGCAAAAAAGCAUGUCUUUGCUGAGCCAGCAGCCGUUCCUGUCUUUGGUGCUGACCUGCCUGAAGGGGCAGGACGAGCAGCGGGAGGGUCUUCUCACGUCCCUGUACAGCCAAGUUCAGCAGAUCGUCACCAACUGGAGAGAGGACCAGUACCAGGACGACUGCAAGGCCAAGCAGAUGAUGCACGAGGCACUGAAACUGCGACUUAAUCUCGUGGGCGGCAUGUUCGAUACGGUGCAGCGCAGCACCCAACAGACCACCGAGUGGGCCGUCCUCCUCCUCGACAUUAUCAGCAGCGGAACGGUGGACAUUCAGUCCAACAACGAGCUUUUCACGACGGUGUUGGACAUGUUGAGCGUGCUGAUUAAUGGCACGUUGGCUGCAGACAUGUCGAGCAUCUCUCAGGGCAGCAUGGAAGAGAACAAGAGGGCUUACAUGAAUCUGGUCAAGAAGCUCAGGAAAGAGCUUGGGGAUCGUCAGUCAGAGAGCCUGGAGAAGAUUCGCCAGCUACUGCCGUUGCCCAAGCAGACCCGUGAUGUCAUCACGUGCGAACCUCAGGGCUCCCUGAUCGACACCAAGGGUAACAAGAUCGCCGGCUUUGAGAAAGAGGGGCUUCAAGUGUCCACCAAGCAGAAGAUCUCCCCUUGGGAUGUCUUCGAGGGCCUCAAGCACUCGGCCCCUCUGUCUUGGGGCUGGUUCGGUACAGCACGCAUGGACCGCAAGGUGACAAAGUUUGAGGAGCAGCAGCGCUUCCUUCUCUACCACACCCACCUGAAGCCCAAGCCGCGCAGCUAUUACCUGGAGCCCCUCCCCUUGCCGCCCGAGGAGGAGGAGCCUCUGACGCCCAUUUUGCAGGAGCCCGAGAAGAAGAUGGAGGCUCUGAAGCCGGAGAAGAACGUGCCCACCGUGCCCUCAGAUUCCAACAAGAAGAAGCCCAGUAAGAAGAAGAAGACGCCAUCAGCCAAGACAGAGGACUAUGUGAACCGGGUGCCAGGUGUGAGCUACGGGACAAGCAUGCCACCAGAGCUGAUGCAGAACCCUUAUGGCCGGCUGCCUUUUAGCCAGCAGAACAUGGGCAUGUACACACAGAACCAGCCUCUACCUCCAGGAGGGCCCGGUUUAGAUACUCCCUACAGGCCUGCCCGCAACCCCCAAAUGAACAAGAUGGUGACCACGCGACCCAAUUUCCCAGGCAUGAUGCCCGGGAUGCAGGGCAACAUGCCCGCCAUGAUGGGGAUGGACAAACAGUACCAAAUGGUCUACAAGCCUCAGCCUAACAUGCAGCAGAACCAAAUGCUGCGCCAGCAGCUGCAGGUUAGACUGGUGAGUCAGUCUCCACUGACAGGUCAAACUACUCCUCACCAGAAUCACAGCAGCCUAAUAGGGCAGCAGAUCAGACAGAUGCCACCCAACCAACCAUACACUUCAAUGCAGCCAUCUCAAAACUUAUCUCAGGGCUACACGUCAUAUGGUUCGCACAUGAGCAUGCAGCCGCACCCAUCCCAAGGCGGCGCUAUUGUUCAGUCCUCCUACGGCAAUCAGAAUUUCCAGGGCGCCCACCCGGGAGCCAACCCCACCGUGGUGGAUCCUCUGCGGCAAAUGCAGCCGAGGCCCAGUGGUUACGUUCACCAGCAGGCUCCCGGCUACGCACACAAUAUGCAGAACGCGCAGAGGUUUUCCCAUCAGCCCAUCCAGCAGAAUCCCAUCAUGCACGGUCUUAGUCAUAUGGGAGGCCAGGGCGGUCAUCCCGGCUUAAGGCCCAAUCAGAUGCUGGCGGAACAACAGCAGCAGCAGCAACAAGCAGUACAACAACAACAGCAACAAGCAGCACAACAACAACAACAACAACAACAGCAGCAGCAGCAGUACCUCAGACAGCAAGCACUCAGACAGCAGGCCCAACAAGUCCAACAACAACAACAACAACAACAGCAGCAACAACAAGUCCAGUCGCAGCAGGUCCCUUCUCAACAGCAGGUUGCUCAGCAGCAACAACAACAGCAGCAGCAGCAACAGCAGCAGGUUGCUCAGCAACAGCAGCAGGUUGCUCAGCAACAGCAGCAGCAGCAACAACCACAGCAACAGCAGCAGGUUGCUCAGCAGCAACAGCAGGUGUCAGGUGUACCUCCACCAGGGCAGCAACAGAACCAGGGUCUGGGCAUGCAGCCACUGCCCCCACAGCAACCCAUGUUCCCACGCCAGGGCAUGCAGCAGACACAGCAGCAGCAACAGACGGCCGCUCUGGUCCGGCAACUGCAGCAACAACUCUCAAAUACACAACCAGGACAGGGCACCAGUUCAUAUUACUGAGCGUGGAUAGGCCGUUUACCCCGCAGACUUGUUGGAAGAUGGCCGAGGCGUCGAGGGAGAGUCUUCACUUAGUUUGUUCUUGUUGGAAUAUUGAGGCCUCCUGCAGCAAAGAUAACAUGAUAAUGGAAAAAUACUAUGUAAAAAAAAAAAAAAAAAAAAAAAAGUACCACACAGGAUAACAUUAAUGCAUCUUUUUUAAAUUUUAUUUCAAUUUGUAAAUUUUUUUUUCCAGUUUUAUGUAUUUCUCAUUAAAUGAUGUACGUUUUUGUCGUGUUAAUGUCUUGUGUUGGCUGUCUGUAUUCUGUAUUUAAGUUGGAAAAGCAAUGUCAAUGAAAAGUUUGAUGAUAAACUGAAAAGAUGUCAUGUCUCAAA